AAUAAUCUUUACAUAUAUAUAUAGAGAGAUAGAGAGUUGGGAUAGUAAUCAAAUUUGCUGAUGCUAGAAAUGAGAGCUUCAAAUACUAUGGAUCUUUGGAAUUCUAGCAAUGUCAGCUUCCAAUACAAUCCAUCUACCAUUUGCAGCUGCAGUUGCUUCUACUCACCGCCUGCAUCUGUGUCUUCCUCUUCCUUCUCUUUGGGAAGUUCUCACUCAAUCAAAAUGGCCUCAUUCAACCCUUGUAUCCCCAUUCAAUUUCCAGGCUCUGAGCGCUUGGUUCUUGAAUUACUUUGAUCAACUUUACUAAUUUUAAAAAAGGUUUCUGGUUAUUCUUGCUGAUUUCAUGCUGUUUUGGGGGUCACAUUAAUAACAGCUGGUGCCGGUCGAGCCCAAUUUCAGCAACCAUAUUUGUUGUUUUCUGAAAAGUUGGGAGCUUUUUUCACUCAAUUUUCAAGAAAACCUUGCCUUUUUACAAAGACCCCUUUUGUGGAAUUUCUUGAAAGAUCAUUUUUUUUAUAUAUUCUCACUCUGAAAAUUUUGAAAAUGCUGCGUGUUUCCAUGGCUACGCCUCUGUUCAUGUUGGGGAACUAUGGAAGGUGUAAUUUCGAUCUUGAUGGAUGUUGGAGUGGUUAUGGGAAAGAAAAGAUGAGCUAUGCCCGUGCAUUGUCUGCGACUACUGGAAACGCUGCAGCCAAGAAGACGAGGUUGAGCAUUUCACCUUACGCUUCUUCCGCGCUGGCAGAGUCCCGUAAUUCGUCUGCAGCCAACUUCUACAAAGAGGUUCUUGAAGCUGCUAGAGAUAAAUUUACGCAGGAGAUCUCUUUUCAGUCUAAAGACAAAGAUAUCUCGCUUGCAAAGGCGUUGCUUUAUGUUGCGGCUGAGGAUGAGGCAUUUUUGGCGUUCAAUCGUGAGAUUGACAUCUGUUCCGCCCACAAUGAAAGGAGAGAUACGUCAGUGCUUUGUGACGUUAAAGGGAGGGAAAACGUGGAGGCUAUGUCAAUGGCUGAAAAGAAUAUAAAUGAGUGGUUGGCGGAGCUGGAUGCCAUUUCAAGAGAAGUUGAAGCGGAGCUAGUUUCACGGGAUAUAGGAUGCUAUUUGGCUGAAGUUCUGGAAGCCGUGAACAAAGUCCUUUUUGAGUCAAGAGGUUUUAGGAGGUCACCUGUCAUCGUGGAUCCAAAGUGUUCGUAUUUGCACUCUGCUUUAAGCUCUGGGUGUGGCAGUGCGAUUUUGCUUAGUGUGAUUUAUAUUGAGGUUUGCCAAAGGCUUAAUCUGACCAUUGUGGGAUCUCGAGUUGGGGAAGAAUUUUUGAUAUGGCCCCCAACAGAGUAUCCUGAGGAGCUAUUCAAGGUAACUGGCGGGCACAGCUUGUUUGGGGUCGUCAACGGGAAGUGUGUGGAGGAUCCACGAUCUAAGGCCUCAGACAUAAACAGCCACUCACUUUUAGGACUAGAGAUUGCAACAAACCGAGAUAUAAUUGGGAUUGCUUUGGCGAAUUUGAUUAGGCUUUACUGGAAACGUGCUUCAAGAACGAACCACGGGCUGAUGUUGACUUCUCCACUGAGAUCAGUUCAUAAAUCCGAGGAGAAGUUCAACCAAGAUGGUAGUCCAGACAUGCCUUUGUUGCGGCCUCAGGAACUAAGGCUUGCCAUCAUGGCUUCAGAGAGAUUGCUAAUCCUUCAGCCGCACAACUGGUGUUUGAGAAGAGACUACGGGAUGCUGCUGUACUAUAACAGAGAAUAUGAGGCUGCGGUCCAAGAGCUGAGCAUCUGCAUGGCUUUCGCACCAGAAGAGGAGGCGGAAGUCUUGGAGCCUUUCGUGGAAAAGCUGCACCUCAUGCGGCUUGAAACGUCGUGGAAAUCGUUGGGGCAGAAAGGCAGGCUAACAAUUCCAUGACUUUGUUAGUUGUAGGAGCUUGUCUUUUAACUAUUUAUAGUAUCUCUUAAUAAACUACAGUUUUAGCCUCAUCUCAGUCUUCUGUAAAUAUAACUUUGUAACGCCUCAGAUCCUAGAAUGAAUAUCUUUCUGUUCUAA